AUGGCAUCUCUCAGUCCCAAUAGAUCUCUGAAACCACGUGACCUCUGCAGAAUAUCUCCGCCGCCAUCUUCACCAAAGUCCUCUUUCUCUCUCACCUUCUUCGACUUCCUUUGGCUCAGAUAUCAUCCUGUUGAGCGUCUCUUCUUCUUCUCUGUUCCUCACUUGAACCCUUCUUCCUUUUUUUUGAACAAGUCGCGUCGUAACGCCUCGCAAUCUUGUGCUUUUGUGCCCAACUUGGAUUCGUCCGAUUCAUUUUCCUCGGUUCUUUCUACACAAAUUACGCUGUUUCCCAACAGUGGAUUUUGCAUAGGCAUGAGCUUACACCAUGGCUGUUUGGAUGGAAAAUCAUCUUCUUUUUUCAUCAAAGCCUGGGCUCAUCUAUGUCGAACAGAAGCAGGGAACGAAUCUUCUGGUUUGCUUCCUCAAAAACUACAACCAUUCUUAGACAGGGAAGUUAUCAUCGAUCCACAUGGCAUCGAAGUUGCAUACAUUAAUGGGUUGUUUGGUUUAGAUCCAACUCUGAAGAAGCCAGGCUUGAAGAUUUUGUCCGACAUGUUCCCGCCGAAAGUGGAAGACUCGUCUCGAGCCACCUUCAAGCUCAAGCAUGGAGAUUUAAACAAGAUAAAGGAAAGAGUGUUACAGAACAAGACAAGGAAACUGUUAUUCUACUUCCCGGCUGAUUAUAGGGACAGGUUACAGCAUCCAAUCCCUGAAACCUACUUUGGUAAUUGCGUGAUGCCUCAGAUAAUCGAAAUACAGCCAGAAGACUUGAAAGAUGAGGAUGGGGUAGUCAUGGUUGCUAAGAAAAUACACAGGAAGAUAAAGAAAAUAGAGAGAGAGAAAGGAGCGCUGGAUGGAGCUGAGACGUUGUUUUCUUGGUAUUCUUCUUUGCUAAAUGAUGAGGAGAAGCAAGUUAUGGGUAUAGUAGUAGCCGGGUCGGCCCGAUUCUGCCUUUAUCAAGUGGACUUUGGAUGGGGAAGGCCUGAGAAGGUGGAGAAAAUUUCAGUGUACAGAACUAUAACGAUGGCGAUGGCAGAGAGUAAAGAUGGCGAUGGCGGGGUUGAAGUGGGACUCGCACUGAAGACUUAA